GCCGCUGUUCCCUCAGUACAGUGUUUGUGUUUAUAGAGCUGCACUAUCAGUCCGAGGUAGAUUCAGAUCCCUUCAGUGAUCGCGGAAUCCAGUUGAUCAUUGUUUAAAUGGCCAAUGGGGACAGUGCACAUGCAACAGUGUGGAUCGCACUCAAGAGGCUGGAUCUAAAUGAUAACAGAGUUGUAGCUCUGAGGAAAGUUCACAUUCCCAGAGGGACAAAAAUGACCACUGUAAGACAGAUUGUAGCUUAUUCAUUCAGACUAGACCUUGCUCAGGUGACAUUUAAGCUACGCAACAGUCAAGGCUUUUUGAUUCCCUUGAAUGACAGCAUUGCAGUAAACAGCAAACAAAUGCCUUAUGUCUUGGAGGUGGCCAAAUACUUUCAGCAUGUUAGCGCAAGGCCAAGAAACAUCGCAAUGACUGUGAUUAACAAGAGCUUGAAGUCAAGACUGCAAAAUAUUGUGAGAGGGAUGGAAAAACUGGAAGAACUGCUCCCUGAAAUAAAGAAAAAACAGCAUGAGAAGAUGAUUAAGGACAUUGAAUUGUUGAACCAGAAGCUACAAUUUCUUCAUAAAAGAAUGGAGAUGGCAGAGUCGUACUGCUGGGAGGGCAUGUUUAAACGAGCACCACUCUGGUGAAAUCUUUUAGAUAAACUGCAUUUCAGUCUCAACUACAAACUGCAGAAACUUUAUAUCUUUUUUCAUUAUAUUGAGAAUAUUUAUAAUUAAAGUUAUUUGUGUGUACCUUGUGCUUUGACAUGUACCUACAAUAUGCUGAUAAAAAGGAGUUAGAUGAAUAAAAGCCUUUUAAUUCUU